CAGCCACUGCCCACAGGUAAGGUCUACACUCGGGGCACACGAUCGAGCGGAAUAAGGGCUCGGAGUCCCUGGCAAACUACUUGUACUUUCAUGGCUUCUGGUGACUCGAUGCAGGGGUGCACCGAGCCCGCUGCAAAGAAGUCUUCCUGGGUACGCACUGGGGGUGGCGGAGAAUCAAUGGUGCCUUUGUGCUCAGAGGUUCCUAAGGAAAAAGAGUGGACAGUGGGAGGGACCACUCAACUGCCCAGCUCCGCCUUACAGCCUCGGGAUGCAGCAGAACUGAGAAGCUGGGAGUAAACAGGAAGGGAGAGGGGUUCCGUGAUUCACCGAAAGAUGUGACUCUCCCUGAACUAGCCCUGGCCCUGCGUCUCUACGGAUCAGCAACCAGAUGUGCUUCCAGCUGCUAGGAACAGAAGUGAGUCUCUUUCAGGAGCAACUUGAGAAGAGGUCAGAAGAGGAUAUUGGAUCCCUUGAUACUGCAGCUAUGGAUGACUGCGAACAACCAUGUGGGUGCUGGGAACCGAAGCCAGAUCCUCUCUGCAAGAGCAGCAAGUGCUCCUAACCACUGAACCAUCUCCAGAACUUCCAUCUAAAAAUUUUACUGAUUUCUCCAGUUUCUAGACUUCACCCUUGCUUUUACCUGCUAAAUACCCGCCUUGUGGUCCAUGAGUUUGGGGGACAAAGCCACGGUGGCAGACCUCCAAGUGUUGGCUCUCAGCAGCAUCACCGACCUUCGCAUCCCCCUUCUCUUCUCUCAGCGCGUCGUCUGUCCAGGGCUCGCGAUCGGGAGGCUAGACUUGGCCCUUCUCUGCCUUGGUGCUUCAUUAUCCCCACCCACUGCAUGUGGCUCUUGGAGAAAGCCGGCUAUAGGGUGAGGACCGCAGAGACCGGGUCAAGGCAGGCGCACUCCAGCCUGGUCCCCAAGCGCCAGGCCGCAGCCUCGCCCUCGCGCUGCAACCCCAACGUCCUCACCCCCGACCGCAUCCCGCAGUUCUUCAUUCCGCCUCGGCUCCGGGACCCCGGCGGCGGCGAGGCCAGGGUGGACCGCAACCCGAGCGGCCGGAACCUCCCGGUCGCCUGCUCGCUGCCGCACCUGGCGGGCCGCGAGGGCUGGGCCUUCCUGCCCGAGAGCCCGCACACGCGCCGCCGCGAGUCCCUGUUCCACGUGCCGCGCGGCCUGGCUGCAGGCCUGGCCCCGGCGCAGUCGCGGCUGCACGGCUCGGCCCCGGACCUUCGCCUCUGCCGGGCCCCGGAAAGCGACACGGCCUCGUCGCCCGACUCGUCUCCCUGCGGCUCCCCGUGCGCGCCUAGGCCGCACUCCUUGUCCCCCGACGAGUCGAGCUCGGCGGACACCAGUCCGUUCGCGCCGCGCCGCGCGCCGCCGCUCUUCCACCUGGACUUCCUCUGCUGCCAGCUGCGGCCGACCAAGGACAGCGUCCUGCGCCUGGGGCCCCGCGGCGGGCAGCUGCGCCUGUCCACCGAGUACCAGGCGGGGCCCGGGCGGCUGCGGCUGCGCCUGGUGAGCGCCGAGGGGCUGCCUCGACCGCGGGCCCGGCCCGGGAGCGGCGGCGGCGGCUGCUGCGUGGUGUUGCGGCUGCAGCCACGCGUUAGGCCGCGAGCUCAGAGGAGCCGCGUGGUCCAGGGCAGCUCCAACCCCAUCUUCAAUGAAGACUUCUUCUUCGAAGGGCUGGGCCCGCCAGAUCUGGCGUCCCGCAGUCUGAGGGCCAAGGUGCUGGAUAGGGGUGCAGGGUUGCGCAGGGAUGUGCUGCUAGGGGAGUGUGAGACACCCCUCAUAGCCCUGCUGCCCCCCCUGGCUGGGGGUCUAGGCCCAGGGUCCUCCCUGGUAUCAGGGCAUCUCAGCCUAUAGACGGACAUCACAGCUUCCUCUGGAGGUCUCCGCUGUGUCUGCAGCCCUUAUUCUUGCUGCCAUCUGCCCAAGCGUGUAUUUAUUUUUAUAAUAAAGCAUCAGUUUGUCUCUAGCUGCAUGCUCCCCAGUGGGCAC